UUUGAGCACUAGGUGGAGCUCUGAGGCUUUUUCUAUAAAUAUACAGAGGCCUCGUCGAAGAGAAAAUAAGGUUCAAAACAAACAUCACGUCUCCUGCUUACUCUGUAAAAAAAAGUUAAGGUUCAACAAACAGGUUUAUCAAGAUUUAACACUGACAAACAGGAAGCUUAAAACCUGUAGGAAAUGGACCUCAGUUGUUCCUCGAUGAAAAUUUUGCUGUUCCUCAUGAAUGGUUUUCUUCAGACAUCAGCAGACACGCACUCUCUGCAGUAUUUCUAUACUGGAGUCACACCAGGAAUACAUUUCCCAGAGUUCACUGCUGUUGGUCUGGUAGAUGGAGAACUGUCUGAGUACUAUGACAGCAACAUCAGGAGCAUUAUACCAAAGACAGAGUGGAUAAAAAAGGUUGAUGCUGAUCAUCCAUAUUACUGGUCCAGAGAGACAGAGGUAUGGCAGGAUGAACAGGAAUGGCUUAAACAUGAUGUGGUUGCAGCAAUGAAUCACUUUAAUCAGUCUGAAGGAGUUCACAUUGUGCAGCUGAUGUUUGGCUGUGAGCUUGACGAUGAUGGCACAACUAGAGUAUUCAGCCAUUUCGGUUAUGAUGGAGAAGAUUUCAUCAGUCUGGAUCUGAAAACUAAGACCUGGACUGCAGCCAGCAAUAAAGUUCUGAUCACUAAAAAAAAGUGGAAUCCUACAGGGCAUACAGCUGAAGGCUGUAAAUUCUUCUUGGAGAACGAGUGUAUUGAUUGGUUAAAGAAGUUUGUGUCUUAUCGCAGAGACACUCUGGAGAGGAAAGAUCCUCCUACAGUGUCAGUGUUCCAGAAACACUCGCCUUCUUCAGAGGUGGUGUGUCACGCUACAGGUUUUUUCCCCAAAGCAGUGACUAUCUCCUGGAGGAAGGAUGGAGAGGACAUGCAUGAGGACGUGGAGCUCAGAGAGACGUUACCCAACCAGGAUGGAAGCUUCCAGAAGAGAAGCAUUCUGAAAGUCCCAGCUGAGGAGCUGCAGAAACACACCUACACCUGUGUGAUUCAGCACAGCAGCUUGGAGAAGGAGUUAGUGCUGAAUGUGAGAGAGCGACAGAUCCUGAAAGGUGGAGGAUCGAUGGCUAUCAUGAUUGGUGUAGUUGUGGCUCUCAUUGUUCUCGUUGUUGCUGGAAUUAUAGUCUGGAAGAAGAAGAACUCUGGCUUCAAACGUGCUCCAGCCUCUGAAGAGUCUUCCUCCACCAACUCAUAGUGUGACUGUGUGUCUUCCUGCUGAAGUGAGAGAGUAAGACAUGAUGAUGUUUACAGUGUCAUAUGGAAGAAAAAUCUGUGUGUGGACUGAAACUCCAGCAGAAAAGACUGAGCUCACAUUAAAUCUCAACUCAGAGCUGAUCCUGUUUCUUUCUCUCUGUUUUUCUAGGAGACACCAGGAGAUGAUUAUGAUUAGAACUGGGUUUAACAGCAAUUAAAGAUUGAACCAAGGAGAAACGCACAAUGGGGCAUAUGGUGGAAGGGACAGACUUUGGUAUAAUAUUUGAUUUUCUUUCUGGUGCAUUGGAGACGUGACAUGCCAUCAUGCUUUUACACUCCACAGUCUGUAGAGAGAAAAAAAAAAGAUUCUUCUGGGUGGUCACUUCUUCCUGGAGCCUGAACACAGAACAGUUAGAUUAUAUCUGAUUAAAUUUUUAAGAGCCUUUUCCCAGAGUCACAGCUUUCACUUGGACUUUCUAACAGGAUUUUAUGGCCUGCUGUUGAAGAUGUAUAUUUUGCCAUUUUCUGGAAACUGACUAAUUUUCUUGCCAUCAGUUUGUCAGGCAUCGAUCCUAAUAGGAUACAGAGAAAAGAUAUCUCUAUGUCUCUGUCCUUGAGGCUGAUGGUGUCUGGCCUGCUGUUUGAUGUGACUGUGUGAUGCUUCAUCACUGCAGGAUAUGGAUAUGUUUUUCUUAUCAUGCAGAAGGUUCCAGAGCACAUCUACAUUCACAUAAAGUAGAGCGGGUUUACAGGAUUUGUCUCAUAAGUGCAUCAGAAUAAUUCAGCUCUAUUUAGGAAGGUGCAACAGCAUCUUUAGUUUUUAGGGAGACUAAAAAAAAGCUAAUUUAUCCCCUCAGAUCCAGGUAAAUGUUUAUAUAUCCCUUGAGAUCCCUGAAAGCAUUAAUCUUUCUCUUGAGUUCCUGAACGAUUUUUACAGCUGCAUCAUUCAAAGCAUCCUAACGACUUGCAUCACAUUGCGGUAUGACAGCUCAAGUAGGUGAAAGGAAACCACUGCAAAGGCUGGUGAAGCCUCCAAAUGCAUCAUUGGCACACAACUUCCUGCCAUUGAGUCUCACCAUGGUAGAUGACUCCACAGAGCACACAAUCAUCAAUCAAGUAAUCCUUGCAAACUAGUCAGUUUGUUCAACCUCCUGCCAUUCAUAAAGAGAUACAGGAAUGUCUGCACCAGAACUAGCAAGCUCAGGGCCAGUUUUUUCCCUACAGCCACAAACCUACUGAACUCAAAAGGUCCUAACGUUAUACUGUAAUGUCUUACUGUCUGUAAUAACCCUACAGUUCUGCUCAACUCUAUACAUUGUUACAUCUCCAUGUAAUGAUAUAAUUAUAAAUGUAUUUAACUGUAAAUUUAUGUACCUCUGUAUUUAUGUACUAUCAUCACAUACUCUGUUAGUUGUACAUACUAUGUAGAUAAUGCACACAUAUUGCACAGACAUACAUAUACAGCUAGCAAAUAUUUUUAUACACACACUACCUACCCUUUUUAUAUAUUAUAGCUUAAUUUUUGUUGUACAUACAUUUACAGAUUUAUUUUCACUUGUCAAUUUGCACAAUUUCUACUAUUUGCACUUCUGCUAUACUAUGCAAUGAAGACAAAGUUCUAUAUAUCAAGAAGCUCUGUCAGGUAAAGGAAAUAUAAUGAUUUCGAUUCUUAUAAUUAAUGGAGUAAAUAAUUUGAGAUUAAACUCAUCCACCAAACAGUGA